AUGUCCUCAAAGAAAACGAAGAGGAAUCGUUCUGGAAAGAAACUGAUGGAACCCCAGACCAACCCCCGUCCUCGCUGGAAGUCGGUUCCACUUGAGGAACCAGAUGUCUCAAGGAUAUUGAAGGUAGUAGAAGCAAAUCAGCUUGAGGAGCUUGAUGAUUCAUUUGAUCACCCUUUGCACAGCACGGCUGUGGAUGCUUAUGGAGAGGAGCAUUCACAAAACAAGUCCCUUGGUCAUGUUUCAGCUCAACAGAGGAAAAGUACAGGAAAAAGGUCUGGUGAAAAAAGACGCUCGACAACGUCUGGUGAUGAUGAUCAGAAAUCCAGCACAGCUGAUCCUGAAGAUGAACCCCUGAAGGAGAAUGUGAAGGCUCUGAAUGCUACUGAAUUCCAGGCAAAAAAGAAGCGGCCUUCAGAGGAGAACACAUCAGAUCCUUCUGUGGGUAGUCCACGUUCUGUACAUGUUUGGUGUCCCAAAGAGAUGAAGAGAUCUCCCAGAGAUAUUACAGAACUGGAUGUUGUUCUAGCUGAGUUUGAGAAGAUAGCAGCAAAUUACAAACAAAGCAUAGAAUCAGACACUUGCAAAAAAGCUAUCAGUGGCUUCUGUUCUGCUUUCAAGGACCAAAUCACCGAUCUCAUAGUGGACAUUCAGGAAUUAAAGAAUACGAAGAAAAAAAAUGCUAAGGUAAUAACAGACAUCAAAAAGAAAAGGCAGCAACUGUUGCAACUCAGAGAAGAGCUAAUUGGAGCUGAACAACAACUGAUAAAACUACAAAGAGAAUAUGCAGAGAUACAGGAAAGGAAAACUUCCUUGAGGCAAGCAACUGAGUUACUUGCUGAUUUAAAGGAGCUACAGCAAGACUGUUUGGAUUAUAGAGAAGAAAACCCAAAAGAAGAAGUGGUAUAUGGAACUUCCAGCUUACCUGCUCUUCUGGUGGAGUCACGGAGAAUUCUAGGAGCAGAAAGACACUUUCACAAUAUUAACAUGAAACUGGAAGAGGCUCUGGCUGCACAAAGAGGAAAGUCAUCAAACAAACAUUAA